AUGACACGAUUUGUGGGUUGUAUCGAUUUGCAUAAUGGUCAAGUUAAACAGAUAGUUGGUGGUACUUUGAAUGAGGAAAAAGACGAAGAGCUCAAAACCAACUUUGUAUGCGAGCAUAAAUCGUCGUUUUUUGCGGAUUUGUACAAGAAAAAUGGGAUUUCGGGUUGUCAUGUCAUCAAGCUGGGUCCCAAUAAUGACGAGGCAGCUUUGGAAGCGUUGAAAACGGUCCCCAAAUUCUUGCAGGUUGGUGGUGGCAUCAAUUAUGAUAACUGCUUGCAAUGGCUGGAAACUGCAAGCAAAGUUAUUGUUACAAGCUGGCUCUUUGAUUCGGAGGGCCAAAUUGUGGUGCCCAAUCUGCAAAAAAUAUCGAGCCGUUGCGGAAAGGACAGAUUGGUGAUAGACUUGAGCUGCAGGAAAGUUGAGACAUCGGGUGUAAGUCAGUGGGUUGUGGCAAUGAACAAAUGGCAGAAACUCACUAAUGUGGUGCUGAGCAAAGAAACUUUCACAUGGAUGAGCGAGUAUGCAGACGAGUUUUUGAUCCAUGCAGCGGACGUAGAGGGUCUUUGUCGUGGUGUGGACGAGAAUCUAAUCCAAAAACUCUACGAGUGGACCGAAGAUCUGCCGCAUUUGACAAUCGUGUACGCUGGAGGCGCUAAGAGCAUCCACGAUUUGCAGCUUGUAGACAAAUUGAGCCACGGGAAAGUCGACUUGACGUACGGCAGCGCGCUGGACAUUUUCGGAGGCAGCUUGGUAACUUUUGAAGAAUGUUGCAGAUGGAACGAGCAAAACGCCAGAUAA